GAAAGCAAUGGGGUGUUAAAGUGUAAUAAAAAAGUCAAUGAGUAGGAUAAUGAUAUCCGAGCUUCCAAACAACGCUUCUCUGCUGUUUUCUUCCCCGAUCGCUCCUUCAAAUUCAACUUCAUCCUUCUCUAGUAUCUUUCCCUCUCUGAGAUUCAAUUCCUCCGCCAUGGACAGGACACAAUUGAUCUUGUUGGGAUUGCCGAUUUUCUUGUUUUGUUCUGAUCUCUUCAAUCUCUUCACUCCGCCACCGCCGAAAUCUCAGAACCACCCACCACCGCCUAUCUCUCAUCCGCAGCGUCCGGCGACUUUUGUCCCAGAAACCCUAGAUUUCCCAUCUCAGCAGUCAAGUGGUCUUGGAGGAAUUGGAUAUGGAAAUACCGUAGAGAUCAAAUUCUGCGUCUCCUGCUCUUACAAGGGAACUGCAGUAACAAUGAAGAAGAUGCUAGAGACGGCUUUUCCUGGAUUAGAAGUAGUGCUCGCAAACUACCCACCACCAGCGCCUAAACGGCUUCUAGCUAAGGUUGUGCCAGUUGCUCAGAUGGGAGUAAUUGGUCUCAUAAUGGGAGGUGAGCAUAUCUUUCCCAUGAUCGGGAUUGCACAGCCUCCUGCUUGGUACCACUCUCUGAGGGCAAAUAGGUUCGGAUCCAUGGCUUCUACUUGGCUUCUCGGUAACUUCCUGCAGUCUUUCCUGCAAAGUUCAGGCGCUUUUGAAGUUAGCUGCAAUGGACAAAUGGUGUUUUCUAAAUUGAAAGAAGGUAGAUUUCCGGGGGAGAUUGAGUUGAGAGAUGUCAUCAGCAGAGCCCUGACGAAACCAUUCGUCACAGGCAGCUACUGAUUAAUCUCUCCGGCUAGAAGGUUCUGAAACCCUAACCCGAAGCUCCAUGGUAUAGACACAAGAUAAUGUGUUUAUGUCAAAAGCUAAUGUGCCAAAAUGUCCAUGUUUUUUUGUCUUAGCAACAACACCAUGUCUUGAUCUCCACAAAUUGUCUGAUUGAUAUACAUAGUUUACAUGGUUUUCUUAAAGA